AGUCACUUUCCCAGUCAGACAGGCAGGAACAAGGACAGGAAAGAGAAGCACUCCACUGCACGGCACUCUGUUGAGGCUGUGCUCCCAGAACAGAGGCUGUGCUUUCAGAACAGAGGCUGUGCUCCCAGAACAGAGGCUGAAACCUCUCUGCCGUCUUUUCCUUCUCUUCUCCAGUCACUGGCAGUUCCAGGAACAUGGCAUAUCAUGAAGCACCUCAUAAAGACCCCAGAAAGAUGGGCAUUGGCCGCUCCAUUGCUGUGCUGACCUCGGGAGGCGAUGCCCAGGGUAUGAAUGCUGCUGUUCGGGCCACAGUCAGAGUUGGCAUCUACACUGGGGCCAAGGUCUACUUCGUUCAUGAGGGAUACCAGGGACUGGUUGAUGGAGGUGAUAACAUCAAACUUGCCACCUGGGAGAGUGUGUCUAUGAUGCUACAGCUGGGUGGCACUGUGAUUGGCAGCGCACGCUGCAUGGACUUCAAAGAGAGGUGGGGGCGUCUGAAAGCAGCCUGCAACUUGGUCAAACUGGGCAUCACCAAUCUGUGUGUAAUCGGUGGUGACGGUAGCUUGACUGGUGCCAACCAGUUCCGUACGGAGUGGAGCGAGCUCCUGCUUGACCUGACUAAAGAGGGCAAGAUCACAGCGGAUGAGGCUAAGCGUUCUUCUCACCUCAACAUUGUGGGCAUGGUCGGCUCUAUCGACAACGACUUCUGUGGCACUGACAUGACCAUAGGCACUGACUCUGCCCUGCAUCGCAUCAUAGAGGUGGUGGACGCCAUCACAACUACUGCACAGAGUCACCAGAGGGCCUUUAUUCUGGAGGUGAUGGGAAGGCAUUGCGGCUACCUGGCCCUGGUCACUGCUUUAGCCUGUGGUGCUGACUGGGUCUUCAUCCCGGAGAUGCCCCCAGAGGAAAACUGGGAGCAACAUCUGUGCAAAAGAUUGAUCACGCAAAGGGAGCGAGGGUCCCGUCUGAAUGUCAUCAUCCUGGCAGAGGGAGCCCAGGAUCGUCACCAGAAACCCAUCACUUGUGACCAAGUCAGAAAUCUGGUAUCCAAGAAACUUGGCUUCGACACGCGUGCCACCAUCCUGGGACACGUACAGAGAGGUGGGACCCCAUCUGCUUUCGACAGAAUCUUGGGCAGCAGGAUGGGUGUGGAGGCUGUUAUGGCUCUGUUGGAGGCCACCCCAGAAACCCCAGCCUGUGUCGUCAGUCUGUCUGGUAACAUGGCUGUCAGACUGCCCCUCAUGGAGUGUGUCCAAGUGACUAAGGACGUGACCAAAGCUAUGGCUGAGGGGAGAUUUGAAGAUGCUGUCAACCUCAGGGGGAAGAGCUUUCAGCAUAACUGGAAUACAUACAAAAUGCUGGCUCAUGUAAACCCUCCGGAUGUGAAGAGCAACAUCAACAUUGCCAUAAUAAAUGUUGGUGCCCCCUGUGCUGGGAUGAAUGCAGCAGUGCGCGCAGCGGUCAGGGUCGGUAUCAUCCAGGGACACCAGAUGUUGGCAGUAUAUGACGGCUUUGAUGGCCUCGUUAAUGGACAGAUUGAGCCUAUCACUUGGUCUCAAGUUAGUGGUUGGACCGGGCAGGGUGGAUCCAAUCUCGGUACCAAGAGACACCUGCCAGGUAAAAACAUUGAGGAAAUCAGCCUGAACAUUGCCAAGUUCAACAUUCAUUCUCUAAUCAUCGUUGGAGGCUUUGAGGCGUAUCUGGGAGGUCUGGAGCUCAUUACAGCCAGGGAGAAGUAUGAGGAGCUCUGUAUCCCCAUGGUGGUGAUUCCUGCCACCGUGUCCAACAACGUCCCAGGGUCUGACUUCAGCAUUGGAGCUGACACGGCACUCAACACUAUCACCACGACUUGUGACAGGAUUAAGCAGUCAGCUGCUGGCACCAAGAGGAGGGUGUUCAUCAUUGAGACGAUGGGGGGGUACUGCGGCUACCUGGCCACCAUGGCCGGCUUGUCCUCCGGGGCUGAUGCUGCCUACAUCUAUGAAGAGCCUUUCCACAUACAUGACCUGGAGUUGAACGUGGAGCAUCUGAUUGAGAAGAUGAAGACGUCAGUGAAGAGAGGUCUCAUUCUCAGGAACUCUAAUGCCAAUGACAACUACACCACUCAGUUCCUCUACAACCUGUACUCAGAGGAGGGCAAGGGCACUUUUGACUGUAGAAUGAACAUCUUAGGACACAUGCAGCAGGGUGGAACCCCCACCCCCUUUGACAGGAAUUUUGGAACCAAGAUGGGAUCCAAGUCAGUUCUGUGGGUGACUGAUAAACUGAAGGAGUGCUAUAGACACGGUCGUAUCUUUGCCAACACACCAGACUCUGCCUGUGUGCUGGGCAUGAAGAAGAGAUCACUGCUCUUCCAGCCCUUGACCUCACUCAAGGACGACACUGACUUUGAGCACCGUAUCCCAAAGACACAGUGGUGGAUGAGGCUGAGACCCAUCCUGAAGAUCUUGGCCAAGUACGAUGCCAUAGAAAUUGACACUUCUGAGGUGGCUGCCAUGGAGCACAUUAUUAAGAAGACUGGCGAAAUCAAGGGGGGCAAAAUGUUGAACAAAUAACUUAUACAUAUAUACUUUUGUACAGUCAUUGUACAUUCUGCAGAUGUCAGAUUGCAGCCUGGAAAUAAUACUGUGCCAUUCUCACAGUUUGACACUCUCUGUACCACAAAACCACACAUAUUGUUUCCUGUUUCUGGCUGUUUUCUCUGUUGUAGACAUACUAUUUGAAACAGAACUGAAGUGAAGUAUGUAAUAAAGCAUAAUUUUUCUGGA